GAGGGCCAAUAAUUCAUUCAUCUUUUUCCUGUAUCUAUAAAUAUAAAUAUAUAUUUUCUGGAGUUCCUUCAUUUUUAAACCACCAUUGCAGAACCCCAAAGGAAAGCCCAAAAAUAUGAAGCACAUAACCAUUUUUUUGCUUUUGGUUGCUGUCUCUACCCUUGUUUUGCAGGUUGUUGCAGAAAAUCCAAUAUCCCAAGCUAAAGCGGAAUCUGCAAUCCUUCAGGACUCAAUCGUUAAACAGGUUAAUGAAAAUGAAAAAGCUGGAUGGAGAGCUGCACUGAACCCUCAAUUCUCGAAUUUCACAGUUUCCCAAUUUAAGCGCCUUCUUGGAGUUAAGCCCACAAGAAAGGGUGAUUUGAAGGGUAUCCCUAUUUUAACUCAUCCAGAACUUUUGAAGUUACCCCAAGAGUUUGAUGCACGAGUGGCUUGGCCUCAGUGUAGCACUAUUGGGAGAAUUCUUGAUCAGGGACAUUGUGGUUCUUGUUGGGCUUUUGGUGCUGCUGAGUCGUUGUCUGAUCGUUUCUGUAUUCAUUAUGGCUUGAAUAUCUCUCUGUCGGCAAAUGAUAUCGUAGCAUGCUGUGGCUAUUUAUGUGGGGAUGGUUGUGAUGGUGGAUAUCCAUUAGAAGCUUGGAAGUACUUUGUUCGCAAGGGUGUGGUCACUGAAGAGUGUGACCCUUACUUUGAUAAUAAGGGAUGUUCCCACCCUGGAUGUGAACCUUCAUAUCCCACUCCACAGUGCAAGAGGAAGUGUGUUAAAGAGAAUCUACUCUGGAAUAAAUCCAAGCAUUUUGGCGUCAAUGCAUACCUGAUCAACUCCGAUCCGUACAGUAUCAUGACAGAAGUUUACAAGAAUGGACCAGUUGAGGUUUCUUUUACUGUUUACGAGGAUUUCGCUCACUACAAGUCUGGAGUUUACAAACACAUAAAUGGUGAGGAAAUGGGAGGCCAUGCUGUUAAGCUCAUUGGAUGGGGAACCUCUGAGGAUGGAGAGGACUAUUGGCUCCUUGCCAAUCAAUGGAACAGAGGCUGGGGUGACGAUGGCUACUUCAAGAUCAGAAGAGGAACAAACGAGUGUGGCAUUGAAGAAGAAGUGGUUGCAGGAAUGCCUUCACCCAAAAACCUGAACGUGGAACUUGAUGUCUCUGAUGCUUUCCUCGACGCUUCAAUGUGAUUGCUAAUUCUUCAACUAAACACUAAAUAGGAUUCAAGUUUCUGAAGACUUGGGGAAUAAUAACAUUUUAAGUUUCAUAUUCUUCCCCUCUUUAAGUUAUCUCCAACAUUUGUAAUCUGCAAUUGUUCCACAAUCUUAUUUAUCUUUGGAAGUGUUUUUCUUAUCUAGUAUGUAUUUCUUCAGAAGUAUGUCAAUCUUGACAAAGUUAAAACACUAUCAUAUAUUGUACUUGAUAUUAUCAAUGAAAUGUACUUGGACUUUGUUGUUGUUGCUGUUAUGAUCAAA